ACAUCUAAGACAUAUUUUCGACAUAUUUUGCUUACUGGGAAAAUUGCUUCAUGGAGUUUAGUUUAGUCAGCUAGGGGGUAUAUUGCUUUUUGACAUUGACUCUCUUCCUUCAUGGGUUGAUCUGAAACUGAACAGGACAGGUAAAACAACUUCCUUUAAGAAUACAUCAUAUUUAUUUCACUUAUCAAAUGUUUUCCGAUCAGAGCAGAUGAAGGAGAGGACAUAAAAGGAGGAAUCAACGAGGCUAUUGAGAUGUAUCCCAAAUAUGAACGGUUCUCUUCCUCUCUGAUUGGAUUCCAGUCAUCUUUAGGCUGCCSGAGCUCGCUUUCGAUUUGACAAGACGGGGUUCAAGUAAACGGAGGGGAGGGGUCUGAGGGUGGAGUAAAGAAAAAAACAAAGACAAUCCUCACCAAACGCCAUCUUGAAACUGUGGCACUGGUCACAGAAGAGGAAAACGUUGAGGAUACUGCACGCUUGGGAAAAUGCUGUACUGCCGUUCUUGUCUUGGAUACGCUCAUGACUUGACAGCAGCGUGUUGACAAAACGAAUUAACUGUUGAUCUCAUGUGUGUUUCCCAACGACGUUUCUGAUUAAAUCUUGGUUGCUCCAAAGCUGCAAUUGGAUACGAUUUUUACAGACACUGGUUGCCAGCUUUUACCGUAUGCAUAACUAGCUCGCAAAAGUCAACGGACAGAACACGUUGCAAUCCAUUGGGAAGGGAAAAUACAAUGUUUCUGUUUGGAAUCGGAUUAUGCGCUAGCAUAACGUUAACGUUACAUUUUGGAAGGUGAAGACAGCGUUGUGAGGACCAAGAAAUUAGAUGUAUCAAAUAUAACGUUAGUCCACGACAUGUGGUGUAUUAAACGUCUUAUUUAGCUAGCUAACGUUAGAUAAUUUACGAUAACUCGCAAACGAAGUACUUUAAACUACCUGAUGCUAACUAACGUACACAUUUUAAGAUUGAGGGUUAAUUAGCUAUGUUCCAUGGCAUUGUUGCUAAAUUUACCUGGUUUAGUCUAAUUAGGUGAAAUAACAAUGUUAAACAAUUGGAAAUCGUUAGUAAUAUUGCUAGCUACUAGUAGUACUGUAACAUGCUAACUAACGUUAGAUGGAUCGUUAGACCAACCUGCAACAAGUCAGUCAAUAGCUAUGGUUUUAACCAUUUGGUAGUCUCUAGCUAGCUACACAAGUAUCACCUCUUCCAUAUUUGUGGACAUAAUUCGUCAGGACCUUCAACUGUGUAACGUAGUAGCAAGCCUCUUGGCUGGCCAGUGGAUAUUUUGGAGUGGGUCUACUCAACAAACACCUGUCAGCUGGAAAGUCAGUGUCAAUACCACACUAUGUUGUUGACAAUACUAGCUUGCAAACUAGCUGGCUAGUUACGUUAGUCUUUUUUUUUGUUGCACAGACCUUCAUAACACACAGUGGAGGAGCAAACCUUUGCAGCUGUGUGUUGUGUUUAUUUCACGGAAAUAAAAGGAUUUCAAUUGGAUUGAAAAUGGGAGCCGCUAGCGAGCUGGCGUUUGCUGUUUUUCUCAUCUCGUUUUCCUCAGGUGCAAUCCUGGGUCGCUCGGAGACACAGGAGUGCGUCUACUACAACUCUAGCUGGGAGAAGGAGCGAACCAACCGCAGUGGCAUCGAGCCUUGCUACGGCGACAAGGACAAGAGGCUCCACUGCUUCGCCACCUGGAAAAACACCUCGGGAACCAUCGAGAUCGUCAAGCAGGGCUGCUGGCUGGACGAUGUCAACUGCUAUGACAGUAGUGAAUGUGUGGAGACGAARGAGAGUCCGGACGUCUUCUUCUGYUGCUGCGAAGGCAACACGUGUAACGAGAAGUUCCUCUACAGCCCCGACACGCAGGCUGUCCAAAGUAAGUCAUCGUCGACCUCCAACCCGUUUACCCAGAAGCCUCAGCUGUUCAACACCCUGCUGUACUCUCUGGUGCCCAUUUUGGGCAUCGCCGCCAUCGUCCUCUUCUCCUUCUGGAUGUACCGUCAUCACAAGCUGGCAUACCCGCCCGUCCUGGUGCCAACACAGCACGCCUUUCAUAUAAUGAUAGAGGAACAACUGGGACCACACACCCCUCCCUCGCCCRUCAUGGGGCAGAAGCCAYUGCAGUUGAUCGAGAUCAAAGCCAGGGGGCGCUUCGGCUGUGUGUGGAAGGCUCAGCUCCUCAACGACUACGUGGCUGUCAAGGUCUUCCCCAUUCAGGACAAGCUGUCAUGGCAGAACGAGUAUGAGAUCUACAGCCUGAGUGGGAUGAAACACGAGAACCUGCUCCACUUUAUCGGUGUGGAGAAGAGAGGCAACAACAUGGACAUAGACCUCUGGCUCAUCACAGCCUAUCACGACAACGGCUCUCUGACUGAUUACCUGAAGGCCAACGUGGUGUCGUGGAACGAGCUGUGCCACAUCUCCCAGACCUUGGCCCGUGGCCUGGCCUAUCUCCACGAGGACAUCCCUGGGCUGAAGGACGGACACAAGCCCGCCGUCGCACACAGGUCCUGUGGAUGAGUACACACUGCCCUUCGAGGAGGAGGUCGGCCAACACCCGUCUCUAGAGGACAUGCAGGAGGUGGUGGUCCACAAGAAGCUACGGCCCUGCCUCCGAGAGUGCUGGCAGAAACACACAGGCCUGGUGAUGCUGUGUGAGACCAUCGAGGAGUGCUGGGAUCACGAGGCCGAGGCGCGGCUCUCGGCGGGCUGCGUGGAGGAACGCAUCAUCCAGAUGCAACGCCAGACCAACGUCAUCGCCCCCGAGGAGAUUGUCACCGUCGUCACCAUGGUGACCAACGUGGACUUCCCUCCCAAAGAGUCCAGCCUAUGAAUGGACGGACAUUGACUGGACGUGCCAGGUGGUGGACAUGGAGCUAUUUUGAUUGGAUGUUUUCAGGUAUACAUUGAUCGACCAGAGUGGCCCGUUCAGGAUCAUGAACUCUGGAUGAUCCCGGGUUCAUCUCUGACCCCUGACCCCCUCAGAUGGGUGUGCUGGCAUGGCGUGGUGUGUUUAAGUGCUGGGCGCUACACUACUGUCAUUCAGGAAAUACCUGGCUGUGCCCACCAACACUGGUUUGGUUUCUACCCACUUCAUAGUAUCAUGAUGUGUUGGAUUCAGUUGGACUCCCAUAGCGAGCCUCAAACUGUA